AUGUCGAACCAGCAGGGAGCAAAGAUCACCGUUCAUUGGCUGAACAAAUCCCGUGGCCAACGCGUUGUAUGGCUGCUCGAAGAGCUUGGUCUGGAGUACGACAUCGCCGUCUACAAGCGCGAUGAGAACAAGCGCGCGGGCCCCGACCUGAAGGCCGUCCACCCUCUGGGCAAAUCGCCCGCCAUUACCAUCAGGCCAGCAAACUCCGACAAGGAUAUUGUCAUUGUUGAAAGCGCGACGAUCAUGGAGUACAUUUGUGACCACUUUGGGAAGCAGUUGAUGCCAGCGCGUUACCCUGAGGGACAGGAGGGUGUAUUAGGUGCCGAGACCGAGGAGUGGAUGAGAUACAAGUUCCUGAUGGACUACACUGAGGGUAGUCUCUUUACCAUCCUGAUAUUGGCACUAGUCACCGGAAGCAUCAAAAACGCCCCUGUGCCCUUCUUCCUCAAGCCCAUUACCAACGGUGUCGCCUCCAAGGUCGACUCUGGCUUCGUCGACCCAGAGCUGAAGACGCAUUUUGACUUCCUUGAGGACUACCUCAUCAAGUCACCUAGCAAGGGCGAGUUCUUUUGCAGCGACAAGCUCACCGCUGCGGAUAUCAUGAUUCAUUUCGGACUUGAGGGUGCGACGCAGAGAAUGCCGUUGAGUGAGACGAGUUACCCCAAGUUGUAUGAGUACAUGAGGAGGUUACAGAAGAGGGAUGCAUACAAGAGUGCUGCGAAGAGGGUCGAAGAGGCUAGUGGAGAGAAGUUCGUUCCAUUCAGUGACGCAAAGUUGUAG